AUGGCUGGCAGAGCUCAUAUCCCCACUAAGAGCUCAGCACUCAUUGCCAUGAUUGCUGAUGAGGACACUGUAACUGGAUUUUUGCUGGCUGGAGUUGGUAACGUUGACUUGCGGAGAAAGACAAAUUAUCUUAUUGUUGAUUCAAAAACAACAGUGAAAGCAAUUGAAGAUGCAUUCAAAGAGUUUACAACAAAGGAGGAUAUUGCAAUUGUCUUGAUCAGCCAAUAUGUUGCAAACAUGAUAAGGUUUCUAGUUGAUAGCUACAAUAAGCCAGUUCCAGCUAUUUUGGAAAUCCCUUCCAAGGAUCAUCCCUAUGACCCUGCUCAUGAUUCAGUUCUUUCAAGAGUGAAGUACCUCUUCUCUAGUGAAUCUGUGGCAUCAGGAAGGCGUUGA